AUGGCUAAGUUACCGGAAAUUCCAAUUUCAUCCAUCUGUCGUUCAAUAGACACAUCAAAUAUAUCCCCUCACUUCUCUCGCUUUCCAGCGGCUAUCAACAUUGCAAGUGAUGAAAUCGAAAUUACUUUGAGAGAUUUAGGGCUUCAAGCUACCGAACCCGAAACACGCGUUCGUUGUCGAGUGCAGAUUAGAUAUACAUGUCCAUUUGGAGAUCCAUUUGCAAUUUGUCACGCUUCUGCUUUUCCAGAAAGGCUUGCUGUGCUAGGAAGUAUAAUUGAAAUCAUGUGGAUUCACGAUGAUGUUACAGAGGAAGUGGAACUUGAAGAAGCAAUCCAAUAUGAAGUCUUAAAGGAUGUUAUUCGUCUUGAUAUCGAACCCAAGGAUUUUAAAGCCCAGAACCCAAGACAAGUUUUGCUCGCAAACCUUUUGGGAAAAGCCAUCCAGAUGGAUCCAGAAGCAGCACCCUCGAUGGUUCAAACUUUAAGGAACUAUCUGGAAACUUUCGACCAUUGUGAUGAUGACUUUGACAAAAUGAGCAAGUAUGUUCCAUAUCGAAUUGGGAAUUGUGGAUAUUGGAUUUUUUCAUACUUUAUUCGUUGGGGAAUGGGAACUUUCUUGACAUCAGAGGAAUACGAUUCAAUCCUCGAGUACGACGUCACCAUGGGUAAUAUCUUAGGUUUAACCAACGACUAUUUCAGCUGGAAUAUCGAAAAGGAUCAGCCCACAGAUCGGAUGCGAAAUGGAAUUAGGGUUUUGAUGAAAGAACAUAAUGUUCCAGCCGAAGUUGCGAGUAAAAUUCUACUUGGGAUUAUUAUUGAAGAGGAAAGUAAGGCGGUAAGACUUCGUGAAGAAUGUCUGAAGAGUCCUGCAUCUAAAGGCAUAUUGCGCUACAUUGAAGCUAUUGAAUUGUAUAUUGGAGGAAGUUACUGGCAUGCCACUGCUCCAAGAUGUCAACGGUUUGAAUGA